AUUACUACUACUAUGACUUCGCCUAUGUGAUGUGAGGGGAGAUUUGCUAAUGUGUGAUUGUUGGGCUAUGCAGUAACAGUUUUAUAUUUGGAGUUUUUUUUUUUAUCAUCGUCGCGUCAGUAUGCGUCUGUCAUUAUCCUACCUGAUUUCACAUGGCCGUGUAGCUCGCAAACUGGGAUUAGGUCCUCGUUCUCGCCUUGACAUGUUGCGCAACCUUGUCACCGGACUCGUCCGACACGAAAGGAUUGAAACAACUUACGCCAGAGCAGAUGAAAUGAGAUUUUAUGCAGAAAAGCUGAUAGAUUAUGCCAAAUGUGGUGACACUGAUGAAAAAGCAAUGAAGAUGGCAAAUUUCUGGCUUACGGAGAAAGAUCUGAUACACAAACUGUUUAAAGUAUUGGCUCCUCGGUUUCAACCCUAUGAUGGAGAAUAUACUAGAUUUUUUCACAUCCCUAACCGAGAGAACUUGGACAGAGCCAAAAUGGCAGUUAUUGAGUACAAAGGAAAUCCCUUUCCACCACUCAUUACCCGUCAACGAGAUAACGACAAAACAUUGCUCAAUCAGCUCUUGAAAGGAUUAAGAGAAGAUACAGCAAAGCAAAAGAUGGGAGGCCACGUUGAGUCACAGUAACUGUUAAUCCAUCAGAGAAAGAAGGAAGUGCUAAGUAAAUAACAGUGGCACUGAUGUUUGGGAACAAAUUGUAUUGCUUCACAUAUGUUUAUCAUGAAUACUCUGCACUGACAUGGAUUAUGCAUUUGUGCACCUUUAAAAAUAUAUAUUUUUGAUAAAGUUUAA